AUGUCUACAAGUACUCCUGUUACCCCUCGCGUCGAAGAUAUUGAAGGAUAUGAUACGGAAACUCUUAUCACUUACUUACAAAAUCAACAAAAUCAACGAAUUUUAAAUCUUAGAGAAGAUCAUAUUGAUGUCCUCCGCGAAAAUGAAGUCUCCGGUUAUGAUUUUCUAAAAUUGAAAAAAGUUGAUUUGGAACGAUAUGGACUUAAACUAGGACCAGCAAAAAUAAUAUCAAAGUUUGUCAUUAAGUUAAAUAAUCAAAGACUUCUGAAUUCAGAAAAAUAUUUAUCGUGUAUUCCGCCAGCCAUCGGUUAUCCUCAGGAUGCUAGUAAUUCGAGUUAUUCAACAAAUACUGGUGGUAUCUGGCCAUCAAGAAUAAUUCGUUGGAAUGGAUUCCUUGAAGAAGUAACUAGGUUCAGCUUCAAUCAAACGCCAAAAUUCGAGAGGUCACAAUUCGUUGAAGGUUUAAGAGCUCGUGUCAAAAAUAGCGUUGAAACAGCUAUGGAUGUUAAUAUUUUUCGUAUAUUGAACCAGUUCUUGUUACCAGAAUUUGAGUUUUCGAAACAAAAUGAUUCUGUUUUUAAUAACGAUAAUCCAAAACAUUGGCUUCGGAAAACCAGAUUUCACUUAUAUGAAGAUAACCAUUUUACUGGUUAUGCAAGUGGCGAUUUAAUUAACGUAAUUAGUCAGCUUUACAACUAUAUGGUUACGGAUGAAUUGCAAUAUGGUAUACUCGCAAGCUAUGACCACCACUUUUUUUUCCGCCGCCCAAUCGAUAAUCCAUCAGUACUAUUAAUUUCAGAAUCUCUUCCGUUUAAAUCAACAAAUCCGCCAGUGCUCAAAACUUAUGCAUUCUUAGUUCACCUGGCAAAUAUUAAUCCUGAAUCCCCUCAUCCUAAUUUAAUUUUAGGACGAACCAGACAAGGUUCCAGUAAUCAAAACUCAGGUUCCAAUAAUCAAAGUUUCAAUGAUCAAAGUCAAAGUUCGGGUUUAGGUACCAAUUAUCGCAAUCAGCAAGAUUCCAGGGAUCAAAGUUCUGAGGCUAAUAGUCAACUUUCGUUCAGGAUUUAA